UGUUGGCAAGGCAACGGGGUCAGUGUCGUCCUUGAUGGCUUGACAGGUGCGUGACAGUUCAGCUCUCAGCAUGUAUGCCAAAGGGAAAGGAUCUACUGUACCCUCAGAUGCUCAAGCAAGGGAAAAGUUAGCUUUAUAUGUGUACGAGUAUUUAUUACAUGUCGGAGCACAGAAGUCAGCACAGACUUUUCUCUCAGAGAUAAGAUGGGAGAAAAAUAUCACAUUAGGAGAGCCACCUGGGUUCCUUCAUUCUUGGUGGUGUGUGUUUUGGGAUUUAUACUGUGCGGCACCUGAGAGGAGAGAUACCUGUGAUCACAGUAGCGAAGCCAAGGCUUUUCAUGAUUAUGGUUUUGUAAAUUCAGGGUACAGUGUAAAUGGAAUAGCUCCAAACGCGGCUGCUCCAAGUCCAUUAGGUCAGAUGCCACCACAAGAUGGCAUGCCUGGUGGCCCAAUGCCUCCCAACUUCUUCCCUCCUCCUGCCUCACAGCCAUCCCCUCACCCUCCGCCUCACAACCCCAUGAUGGGGCCGGGGCCUGGGCCGAAUCAAAGCACCUGUGAAUGGCAUUCAGCUAAUAGCAGCACAUUUGGAAAUCAGCCAUUUAUGUCUCCAAGGUAUCCAGGAGGCCCUCGUGUUCCUGUCAGAAUACCCAACGAUUUUAAUGGACCACCUGGGUCGGCAGCAGGUCAGAUACCAAUGCCCAACAGUAUGGAACCAAGACCAGGUCACCCUGGCAUGGGUCCCAUGCAGCGCAUGAGCCACCCAGGAAAUCGCAUGCCAGGCCCCAUGAGUCCAUACGACUCGUUACAGAAUUAUGGUAUGAGAGGACCGCCACCAAAUACUAACAUGGGGCCAGGACCUGGAGGCAUGCCACCAAUGUCCAUGCCAGGAGGGCCUGGGGGGCCUGGACAGGGCAGCAGACCAUGGCCACCCACAUCAUCAUCUAUGUCGAGUUAUUCAUCAGCGUCACCUGGAAGUUAUAAUGAUUUUGUAUCCCAAGGGGGUCCACCAGUAACUGGAGGACCACCUGGUACACCCAUCAUGCCUAGUCCCCAAGACCCACUCUCCCAAGCUCAGCCUGGUAUGGUAUGGCCUAGUCACCACCGCCAGGACUUGUCUCGACCAAACUCAGCAGGAUCAGGGGAGGCAAUGUACAUGAUGAAACCAGGUCCCGGUGGGCCUCCUGGUAUGCCAGGGAUGCCUGCAUUCCCUAUGGGAGGACCUGAUGGACCCAUGUCUAUGGGACCUGGAGACAUGCCACCUGUAAUGAAUGGUGACAUGGAUGUGAUGAAGAAUUCUCCAGCUAAUGGACGUGGAACACCAAGAGAUGAUCUGCCCCCUGUAAGCGGGGCUGGUGACAUGGGCGCCUACUCCAUGGGACCCUAUCAAGAUGGUGACCAUACUGAAUCCGCAGCUAUCCUAAAGAUAAAAGAAUCUAUGCAGGAGGAGGCAAAACGGUUUGAAAAAGACGCCGACCAUCCCGAGUAUUUCAUGCAAUAACUGUGGAAUUUUGUACUAAAUUAUUGACUCGUAUGGUUUUUCUCACUGACUGUUUGACACUUUUGGAACAUGAAAUGUUGGUGCUACACAUGCUCUCAGAGGCAGCAGGCACACCGGAGGGGGCUAGGGCUGAGGAGCGAUGGUGCCUUGUUUUUCGCUCUCCAUAGUUUUUGCUUCCCAAUUUCGGUUUUUGCUCUUGUAGUGAUAAACGCAUGUCUUAAAUCGCUGUACAAGGAUUUUUUUUUUUAAAAAAAAGACCAACAGUUUGCUCACCCACGUGGCUUUGUCUAUGGGGACUUUUCCGGUCUCAUUUUUUUGUCUUAGUGGUCCUUUUGCAUCUUCAGCUUUCCCUCCUCCACCCUCCCCCAACCUACACCCUACCACCAUCUCUUUUUUUUUUUUAAGGCACAAGGUUGAUUUCAUUUGCCUGCUUCCCACCCCCUUCCCCCUAUUUCUUGUUUCUGCAACGUAUCCCCUUUAUAAGUAAAACAAAACUAAAAAAAAAAACAGCCACGUGGGUUACUAAAGUAGAAAGGUGUCAGUGCUGCAGCCCCAUUGCCUCCAAAACUUUGUGGUUUUUGUAGUUUGGCUUGUGUGCUGUCAAAACUUUCUCUGCUUCUGCCCCUGGCCUGUGCACUUGGCCCAUGCCCCAGCCCAUCACAAUCUGUUGCUGUCUCUGAGAUCAAACAACACAGAAACAUCAUCAUCAGGAUUGUUUGAAGAGUCAUGAAACAGAAAUAGUCUUCAAGCCAUAUGCUGCCGGCCUUCUCUUCCCUAGACCUUGCAUAUCUAACUGUAAUAAGACGAACCAGUUUGUCAAGCUAAUCGCUGUUCCGCUUUAUUAACAAUUAACGAAUGUAGCUAUUCUGCCCAGAACUGAGUUUUAAAAAACACAGAUGCAUGUUUGCUGUACACUAUUUUGUGUUCGCAUCCAAAAAAAGAAUCGUGUGAUAUUCAGUCGUUUCUUGGGCAGUUUAUACCCCUUCCUAAACACAAAUAUGUUGAUGUUUUCCCUAUAAUGUUGCCAGGAAAAAAUGAAUAUGUAGUAGGUAAGUUUGAACUACUACCUAAUAGAAUGGCGCUUCAAUUUUAUAAGCGGAAGCAAUGGCUUAAAGACUUACGCUGACUCCUUAUCCCAAUUUGUGUGUCAGUAACUUUAUACUUGGCCUCCCCAGGCAGUUGAGAAGUAUUAAUCACUUGGUGGGAUAACUUUUACUCUAGCUACAUGUUCCUUACUGCUAGUCAGCCAUUUCGUGCAAAAAUAAUGAUCAUUAAUUUCAGCUGAGAUUGCGGCAUUUGUAAUAAGGAUGAAUAGCAUGGAAAGUGCACACACAUAUAUAUCUAUAUAUAUUUAUACAAAAUUCUGUCAUGAGUUACAGACUAAAGGUGGAGUUUUUGUAAAUUUUAGCUACAAAUUAAGGGAGAGGUUUCAGUGCUGGUAUACACAAGCCUUUGGAGUUGCUCGCUCUUUGCUCAGUGCCAGCAUUAUCUGCCUCCUUCCUUCCAUGGGCUAUUUAUUGCUAAGUUGUUAUUCUCUCAGCAUCAUACACUCCUUGUUGGUACAGCUGUAUACAAGUCUUGUUCAUUAAUCACCAUUUUCUUUUUUGACCCUUAACAUAGUAAACGGUCUUUUUGUGUGUGGAGUUGUUCUGGUUGGGGGGAGGGGGGCAAAUAGAUUGGAAAGGCCUGCCAUAUGUUGGUUUUUUUUAUUUCAAAUAGCCAAGAAAUCAGUUGCUUUCGUGUGUCUUGUACAGUGGGCUUGUCCAUGUCCAGGCUUUCUGUCUACCCUUAUCCAUUUUUCUUUUGACCUUACAUUUUUGUUCCCAUGUGAAACUUGUGGCCAUUUAGUGCAAAGUGAUCAUGACAGUUCUCAUGUGUGCUUGUGAUUUUUUUUUUUUUUUUAAAUGUAGUUUCCUCCUUUGAAUCAAGUUGAAAAUAUUGCAGCACUUGAGAAGGGAUUCUUCACUGCAGUCCCACAUGCACUUUUCAGAUGUGUGUGUGGAUGCGCUAAGCACUGAACAGUUGCUGCCAGGCAGUGUAGUAGUGAGGAGUCUCGAAUUUGCAUUCACACCCUUGAGCCCGCUGCAUUUUCCAUCCUUUGCUGUUGAUAACAGAGGGCUCCAGGCAGCUUUGGCUCUCUUGCCUUACUUAUCCAUCUUCAUGUUGCUGUACAUUUAAAUCUAGUCCACAUCAAGAAGUCUUCGUGAUAUGCCACAAAUGAGAGAGUGCAAAUUAGGGGUGUUUGAUAUUAAGGGUAUCUUCUGUUGUCGUUUUACAGAGCUGUAUGCCUUUACUACCGCAGUAACAGGAAAAAAAUGGUGACCAAUGUAAUUUAUUUCCCCAUGGCAGUACCUCUACUGUGUUUCGAAACAGUGGAUUUCCCCACCCCUUGUCAAAACUGCUUUUUUUUCUUAGGCUGAUGGGAUGUUUAAAAAAAUAGUUUAGGGUGAUGGGUGGGAAUAUUGUUCAGAUUUGUAUUUUCUUCCACCACAUGAAUCAAGGUGACUAACAAGCUUUGGCUAUGUGGUACAUUUCUUGUGACAUGAUCAUCUAGUGGGAAGCAUGUCGUUUCACCAUGGUAUGCAUCUUUGAGUCAUUUAUGUGUAUGAGAAUAUUUUUUAUUGUUUUGUUUCUGAUGCCCUGUGUUCUCUGAAGCUACAUCACUGGACUGUAUGGACUAAUUGCUCACAUUCAUGUAAAUAUUUAUAUAUAUGGUGCAAAAAUCAAAUUCACAUCAUGAGCCAUCUCAUCCAUCAUUUUUUGUUGUAUAUUGGGAACUAUUUUUUAAGAAAGAUCUUACUUGAAGUCUUAGGGAAAGCUUAGGUUUCAUACAAGUGAGGAUGGGGUGCGCAAGUCAGGAUGUUCUCUUUCAGCUGUUAUCUUGUGUUGCAUCUACCUGCAUUUCAGUAAUGAAACGAGCAUGUGAGGAGGAGGGAUUGGGGGGACAUGCCCUUGAUAUUUUAGUAUUGUGGAUUGAGAGAUUACCUGACAGUCUAGUUGUAACAUAUCCAUUUUUAUACACAUGUACUAAGAUGUACAACAAUCUGCUGUAUUAUCUGCAGUCUUGAAAUAACCUUCAUAAGCAUUGUUUUAGGCGACCAUAUUUUAGUGCAGGGCUUCAUUUGAAAUUUCAGUGGCUGCAGUACGAGAGGUAGAGGUCAGGAAGAGGUGGUUGUGGGCCUGUCAGUGACACUGUUGGAAUGAAGUAGCCUGGCUAUACAUGCAGACACUAGCCUCCGCCUGUGGCCAGGAAACCUGUCAUAGUGACCCUGCUUAAAAAUGUUAUUGGCAGGUCUGUGAAUUUUUUUUCAAUGAUUUACUUUUUUUUUUUUUUUCAAUUUGCCAACGUGCCCACAACUUUCUACAAGGAAGGUUGAGUUUUUUCCUUUAAUCCUUGUGAGCCCUUCACCAUCUUAUCUGUGCACGGCUUGGGGUUGCUCAUUUGGAAUGACAGGUUAGAGGGGUUUGUCUGCUGGUGUAUAUAAUGUGUGAAUGCUGUACAGAAGACCAAGGUGGUGGAGUUUGUGAAUGUAUAUGUGUUUGAUUUACAGGCAGGUAGCAUGGAUUGGUGAAAAAAAUAGGGAUCUUUGGUUUUUAGUAUGAUGAGACAAUUUUUAAGAGUAUCUUGUGCAUUGCAAGUAAGCUCAUAUGGCUUCUCUCCAAAUACCCAUUCAUAUCAUUUGCUCACUUUGCCAAACUUGCCAUACACUGAAAAUUUUCCAUGAUUUUUUACCAUGGGAACUUGGGUUUUGACUAUGAGAGAAAGAAAAGAGAGGAAUGAAUGGGGGAAUGGCUGCACAGAAUAGAGUGAACUGGAACUACCUCGCAAAUACAGUGACAGUAAAACAGGAAACUAUUACAAGCUAGGGGAUGCACUUCCAAAGGCUGAAUAUUGCGUUUUCAGUACUGUGCACAGUAUGAUGGUGAAGGGACAUUUUAAUUGUGGUAGAGCAUGGCAAGCUACUUGGUUGACUGAUGAAGAAAUGGAAGAGUGUGUGAUGUCCAUUCCAGUCAGUAUUUGUUUGACUCUGUGGCGCAGUGACAGUGGGUUUACAGAGAGAGUGUGAUGGAAUGGACACAUGGGAAGGGGGAAGAAGGCAAUAUCAGUAGUGGAGGUUGAUGUUCUGGUUGUAUUUAUAUAUAAAUGGUGACAUUCUGUUUUUAAUUUCAAAUUCUUUUUUUUUUCUUUUUUUUUUUUUUGUUGUACAUGUUUAAUGUUCCUCUCUUUUUACACCCCCAUCCCCAAAGAAAUCAUCUACAUGCACAUCGUCUCCACCUCAUGACUAAGUUAUUGUGCUCGGAUCAUUGUAUAGACGUACUAGCUCACUUGCCGGCUAGAGCCAUAAGAUUUUGCUGUCAGGUCCUCGUAUCAUACAUACAUCAAUCCAUGUAGACUUCAGAGGGCUCAAAUAAAAUAAAUUAACCUGUGAAA